CAGGUCACGUGUUCCGAUGGAAGCGCAUCAAGUUGUCAUGGCGACGUCCAUCAGCCACUCUCUCUCUCCUCCCUGUGUGCGGCGGAGAGAGAGAGGGAGAGGGAGCGAGCGAGCGAGGAGGAGACGAACGCAUCCAUUCGGCAGCCGCUCUGCAGAGGAGCACGUCGGGGAGAGUUUGUGGCAGCAUGAGGAUGCGUCUUUUCCCGGCAUCGUCAUCGCCGUCUUCGCCCGCCUCGUCUCCGUCGUGCCCGCGCACCGUCAAGUGACUCUCGCCUUUGUGUCGCCAACAAGAGGAAGGAAGAAAGGCGGCGCGUCGCUUUAUGUUCCCACAACAAGCAGGAACAACAGAGGAGCCCGAGCAGGAAAGGCGGGAUGCGGCGCUGAGGAGGCGGAGCAGAGGGAAAGCCGAGGCUUCCUGGGACACGUGGGCCGCACCUUCGGAUCGCAGCGCCGGGUCAUGACCCAGUUGCCAUGCGCAUCGCCACGCUGACCUGCCUUCCCGGCCCUCCCCCCUUCCUCUUUCUGCUGGCCCAGCUGCUGCUGCACUUCCUGCUGCCUGGGUUCCAGCUGGUGGGCGCCGCCUCCUCCUCCUGCCCCGCCCACUGCACCUGCUCCAACCAGGCCAGCCGAGUCAUCUGCACCAGGCAGAACCUGGACGACGUCCCCGAGAGCAUCUCUGUCAACACACGAUACCUCAACCUGCAGGAGAACACCAUCCAGGUCAUCAAGUCAGACACCUUCAAGCACCUGAGGCACCUGGAGAUUUUGCAGCUGUCCAAGAAUCAGAUCCGUCAGAUCGAAGUGGGCGCGUUCAAUGGCCUCCCCAACCUCAACACGCUGGAGCUGUUCGACAACCGCCUCACGCUGGUGCCGUCGCACGCCUUCGAGUACCUCAGCAAGCUGCGCGAGCUGUGGCUGCGCAACAACCCCAUCGAGACGCUGCCGGGCUACGCCUUCCACCGCGUGCCCUCCCUGCGGCGCCUGGACCUGGGCGAGCUCAAGAAGCUGGAUUUCAUCUCGGACGCCGCCUUCGUGGGCCUGGUCAACCUGCGCUACCUGAACCUGGGCAUGUGCGGCCUGAAGGACAUCCCCAAGCUGACGGCGCUGGUGCGUCUGGAGGAGCUGGAGCUGUCGGGAAACCGCCUGGAGAUCAUCCGACCCGGCUCCUUCCAGGGCCUGGUGGCCCUGCGGAAGCUGUGGCUCAUGCACUCGCAGGUGUCGGUCAUCGAGCGCAACGCCUUCGACGACCUGAAGAGCCUGGAGGAGCUCAACCUGUCGCACAACUCGCUGCACUCGCUGCCGCACGACCUCUUCACGCCGCUGCACCAGCUGGAGCGCGUGCACCUCAACCACAACCCGUGGGUGUGCAACUGCGACGUGCUGUGGCUCAGCUGGUGGCUGAAGGAGACGGUGCCCAGCAACACCACCUGCUGCGCCCGCUGCCACGCCCCGCCCUUCUUAAAGGGCAAGUACAUCGGCGAGCUGGACCAGAGCCACUUCACCUGCUACGCGCCCGUCAUCGUGGAGCCGCCCACCGACCUCAACGUGACCGAGGGCAUGGCCGCCGAGCUCAAGUGUCGCACCAGCACCUCCACGACGUCGGUCAACUGGAUCACGCCCAACGGCACGCUGAUGACGCACGGCUCGUACCGCGUGCGCAUCUCGGUGCUGCACGACGGCACGCUCAACUUCACCAACGUGACGCUGCGCGACACGGGCCAGUACACCUGCAUGGUGACCAACGCCGCCGGCAACACCACCGCCACCGCCGUCCUCAACGUCACCGCCGCCGACGUCAGCGUCAACUACACCUACUUCACCACCGUCACUGUGGAAACCGUGGAGACGCCCGGGGACGAGGAGUCGGCUUUGGUGGCCAUCAACCAGACCUUCAUCCGGGUCCUCCCCGGCCCCACGCCCUCGGGGCACCUGUGGCCGGACGGCGCACCAACCACCGCCUCUUCGCUGUCCAUCGACUGGUCCUCCUCGUCGCCCCGCGCCACCCGGCCCACCUUCACCGUGCCCGUCACCGAGCCGGGCUUCUCAGGCCUGGACGACGUGAUGAAGACCACCAAGAUCAUCAUCGGCUGCUUCGUAGCCAUCACCUUUAUGGCGGCCGUGAUGCUGGUGGUCUUUUACAAGCUGAGAAAGCAGCACCAGCUGCACAAGCACCACGGCCCCGCCCGCGCCAUCGAGAUCAUCAACGUGGAGGACGAGCUAGGGGGCGGCUCCGCCGGCAGGGGCGGCGGAAUCUCAGGGGGCUCUAGCAGCGGGAUCGGCGGCGGCCAGAGUCUGCGGCGGCACCACUCGGACGUGGUCAACCUGCCCAGCCUAACCCGGUCCGAGCACCUCAGCUACUACAAGACCCACCACUUCAACAACAACAUGGUGGGUCUGGGCAUGGGCCUCAACAACAACAACAACCCCCUGCCGUGCUCUCAGAACAUGACCAUGUCCUGCUCCCAGGUGCCCGCCGGCGCCACCGGCACGCUGCCCACGCCGGUGCCGCUCCCUCAGCUCAGCCUGCACAGCUCUCUGAAGGGCCUCAUGGCCAAAGGGCAGAACGAGCCGCUGCUCUUCAAGAGCGGCUCCAAGGAGAACGUGCAAGAAACUCAAAUCUGAGUACACCUGGAGCAAGUAGGUCAUAGGUGGGGGGUGCGGAGACUAGCGGGAGUGAGUAGCCGGCACGGCGGCGGCUGGCACGCGCCGCUCAGGUGACAACCAGCUCUCGUCUUUGCCAAAGUCCUGAAUCAAGCCAACACAGCGGAAGCUUUUUUCUACGAAUGUGGAAUAUUUCUACGUCGUGCGGGGUUUUCCCGCCGGAUCGUCACAAGGAAGCGCGACUUCGUGGACAAACCGGAUUUACAAAGUAACACAACGAAGGGAAAAAAAGGGACUGAAAGUACAUAUUAUAUAUACCGUAAAUAUAUUUUCACCGGAAUAAAUAAAUUAUAAAGAGUCUUUAUGGAGCGUUUAGAAGAUGUGAAGAAUAUAUUUAAAGAUGUUUUUCAAGAUGGCCGCUCCAUCCAAACUCAAUUGUUUUCUUUUUGUAGCCACAAAGGUUUGGUGGCACAAACAGGGUCAGGGGCAGAGUGCUGUGUAGCAUCAAUAAUAACAAUACAAAUAAUAAUAAUAAUAAAAAGAAGAAGCAUCCUAAUGAGAAUAACAAAGCUCACAGUGUACAUAUUCCUAAAAAAGCUGCUCUCUAAUCACAAGCGUUCACGUUAGCGUUAGCAUCAUGGUUGUUAUGAUCACCACUUUUCUUUUCUUUCUACGCCGACGUUGUUGUUUUUGUUUGUUUUUGUUUUUUUUACUGAUCUGUCGGACGCUGCGAUCGCCUCCCAAAAUGGCUUCCCGGGCGCGGGAGCUGUGUGAGGAUUAUUCACGCGUCUCAGUGUUGUCAGCGGCGCUCGGACAAAAAGACUCGCCGCGGUCACGGGAGGGUGGAUACUUUUUUUUUUAUUCCUACAGAAAAAAAAAAGACAAUGCAAAGAAAAAAUAUAGAAACUUACAAAUCUCUUUUAAAAGAAAAAAUAUUAUUAUUAUGACGAGUGUUUCUUUUUCUUUGUUUUUUUAUCUAGUUAGAUUUUUAUUUGCCUUUUUUAACUCAAGUGUUCUAUUUCUUGUAAUAUUGUUCUUGUUAUUCUAAUUAGAUGAUUUUAAUUAUUCCCAUGUUCUGUUAGCCGAGGUCACUUUGGAAAUUAAAAAACUGGCACAAAAUUUGAUGGAUAUUUUGUAUGCUUGUUUUACUCAACCUGGGCGUCGGAGGCGGGUGGGCACCUUUUUGCUUUCCGCCUCCACGCUUUACGAGCCGCUGAAUGUCAGCGCCAUCAAGUA